AUGCUGCAAGGGUUGGGUUUUGUGCUUAAGGCCACCAAUUCCUCCACAAAUGGCAGCCUCGAUGUCGCGAGCAGCAUAUUGCAAGGUUCUCAGAUUGCGAUAGCACUGUGCCUUCUCGGGAGCAGUUUGCUGGUCGAAGUUGCCAGGUUCAAACAGAAGGAGACCUAUUGUGUGGAAACACAGCCACUCCUGGGAAACGGCAAUGGUUCAGCCAAGUCGAAACAACCCGCUCAAUCCAAGGGAACGGAUCAAGAAGAGCUCGACAGACAAGAAAUCCGCAACCGACCCCUCUGGCAAUACUUGUUUUCUUUCAAGGUCUUUGUCCCUUAUAUGUACCCGCGGUCUCGACGACAGCAGGCUUUCUUGUGCGGCAUGCUCAUUUGCAGUGCUUUAACAAGGAUUGUGACAGUUGCCCUACCCUUGAUACUUGGAGCUAUUGUCAACCGUCUUGGAACAGAAGUUCCCUGGGGCUUGAUAGGGGCAUAUGGCCUUCUUCAGUUCCUUGCUUCACCGGCAGGGCUUUGUUUGAUUGAGCACUGGUUAACUUGUCAAGUCACCACCGAUAUGACUAUAGCUCUGAACCGCCACUCAUACGAUCACAUCAUGAGCUUGUCUGCUGAUUUCCAUGACUCGAAGAGAUCUUCGGUCAUUUGGAGUAUAAUGCGUCAAGGGCAGGAUGUGAUUGGACUUCUUCAGAACUAUUUGUUCAGCUUUUUGCCCACCAUAGUUGACCUCACUGCUUCCGCCGUGGUCCUGACAUGUCUCUUUGGCUUGUACUUGAUGUUCAUCAUUACAAUGACAAUGGUUCUGUUUUACUGGUUGACUUUCAGCGCAAUACACGGCAGACAGUCCCUGAGGCGAUCAUGGCUCGACGCGUGGCACGAGCAGCAUUACCAGAUGACUGAGUCAACGCUGAAUUGGUCAACAGCGUGUCAAUUUGGGAGAAUACCCUUUGAGAUACAACGUUAUAGAGAGAAUGGUGACACGACCCGAGCCGCAAUUUUGCUAUGGUGGUUUUAUGAUACAUGGACAAGAGGCCUUCGUCAUGCCGUACCCGCAGUCAGCUUCUUCGCGGCGUGUAGCGUGGCAGCUUUGCAGAUCCAACGCGGCCAACGCCGGAUCGGUGACUUUGUGGUGUUGACAUCGUACUGGGCCCAGCUGACAGGGCCUUUGGGCAGGAUGGCGACCGAGAUAUCGCAGGUCAGUCACAAGCUCAUCAACGCCGAGAAACUCCUGGUCUUGCUCGAAAAGACUCCACGCGUCCAAGAUGCACCAGACGCUCGACCGUUUAUUUUCCUCGCCGGUGCCGUCGAGUUCGAGAAUGUCUCCUUCUCUUAUGACGGCAAGCGGAAGGUCACUGACGGCAUAUCAUUCCGAGCCAUACCCGGCAAAACUGUGGCAUUGGUAGGGCAGACAGGAGGCGGCAAGAGCACGAUUCUCAAACUCCUUUUCCGUUUUCAUGACGCCGAUGAAGGUCGGAUCCUUAUUGACGGUCAAGAUCUCCGGAAUGUCACGGUGGAAAGCUUUCGUCGACACGUGGCCAUCGUGCCACAAAUGGCCGCCGUCUUCAACAUGUCCAUCCUCGACAACGUGAAAUACCCAGACCACGAGCGAACGGACGAAGAGGUGGUGGAGGCGUGCAAGGCUGCAGCAUUGCAUGACAAGAUCAUGUCCUUCACUAACGGGUAUCAAGAAAAGGUCGGUGAGCGCGGGACCAAACUGUCCGGUGGGGAGUUACAGAGGUUGGCUAUCGCAAGAGCAAUGCUGAAGAGGGCGGAUAUCCUACUCUUGGACGAGGCCACGAGCAGUGUGGACAGUGUCACGGAAAAACAGAUCCAGAAGAGUCUCCAAACUCUGUGUGCUGGCAAAACCACAUUCGUGAUCGCUCAUCGAUUGUCCACCAUUCUUCAUACCGACCUCAUUCUUGUUAUCGAAAAUGGCCGGGUCGUGGAAUCAGGCACACAUGAUGUUUUGGUAAACCAACCGGGGGCGUAUCAUGAGCUGUGGACCAGCCAAUUGCAGAGCCAGCCUGAUCAACGAUAUGAAGAUGAUCAGUCACGCUCGUCCGAUGCCUCGUGA